AGAUUGGCAACAGGUUUCACUGUACUGGCCAACAUAUUGUACUUCAGCUAACAAACAGCUCUUCCUAUAAAUCUGCAAAGAGGCGUUUAUUCACAUGGAUACAAUCGUCAGACUUUAGCUGUCAGGUUUUUCCUUUUAUAUGAUUUAGUUCUUAUUUGCCUCUUCUGUUGGAAGAAUAAUAAAGAUGAUUAAGAUCAUGUUUCAACACGCGAAGAAACAUCCAGGGUUAAUCCCUCAAUUUCUCUUCCUGACUCUGGGCAUGACAGGGGCCACCUUCUAUCUGAUCCGUCUGGCAAGAGGACCUCAUGUCACCCUCUGGGACAAGAAGAACAACCCAGAGCCCUGGAACAAUCUCGACCCAACCUACCAGUACAAGUUUGUGGCCGUCAACACAGACUACAAGAACCUGAAGAAAGAUCGCCCUGACUUCUAAAGGUCCUCCAGGCAACUCCAGGGGCACCAAGUUUAACAUGACCUCCUGCUGUCACCUCAGUGAUGUGAAACGUCUUCCAUUUCCUGAGUCUCACCUUAUUCUUCACGAGGACAGCUCUGAAUUAACGCUGUAACACUGUGAACAAAAGCAAUUAAAGAUUACAUGAGAUAGA